AUGCCACAAGAGAAGAUACAAGACUGCAGUUGCGCAUUUAAUGUCCUGCGAACGCUGGCCCACGUCGAAGAACUCACCACGUCAUCUCAAGUCCCUCUCGAAACAGCGCUCCAGGUGACUUCGACAGCAGAGCGCCCCAGCCUUGCCGUACUGAACUGUGAGCGUUGUCGCCAACAGCGGCUGCCGCUUACCGCAGUCACGAUACUAUGUGCCCAUCUGGUUGAGUGGCUGUGUCGGCUGUGGAAUCUCACGGACGAUACCAGCGAGGCGUCGACAGAUGCCAGCAGCACCACAACGACUACCGCGACCACCACGACCACCAACAAUUCAAACGCCAGGAACAACAUCAAUCUUUCGAGCAACACCAGUAAUGCCACCAACCACUCUGAGAGCCAGCUUCCACUCCAGCCGUGGAAGUUUUCUCUUGGUAACUACGAUCUUGCUGCCGACGAAGCCGAUGCUCUCAGCAAUGAACUCAUAAUCUUACGCCUCACCGAUUUCUCUGCUAUCCUAGGCUCUCUGGAAGCUGCCCUCGUCACAUCUGGACUUACACCCUCCAUGUCCUUGUCGCCGCCCGAGCGAUCCACCAGCAACCCAACCGCCACUGACCUAGCGGCCAUUGCACCAAUUUGUCUCGACAUUGUGCGCGCCGAUCUUCAUCUUGUGCGCACAUCUAUACGCUGUCUCAAAGAGAAGUCACUGCUGAACAACAGCGGAUCAAGUACCAUAUCUUAA